CUGGGCGCAGGCAGCCCCGCCCCUCCCUCCGCCUCGACGGCGAGGGAACGCUUCUCUGUGGGCGCGCGCGCGUGCACGCACUUCCCAAAACUUUCCGGCGGGCAGCGGCGGCAGAAGUUCUUGUUGCUCGGAGGCGCUGCGAGGCUGGGCGCAAACCGAGGGAGGCCGUGCCGAAAGGGAGCCGAGCGAGCGGGCGAGGGACUCGCAAGGGCAGAGCGGACGGGGCGCGCCGCGCGGAGGGUUAGCCGGCCUUGGGCGCAGCCUGGCGGCGAGGCGGGAGGGGCGGGCCGGAGCAGAGAGCCCCCCUCCAUCCUGCCGUCCUUUUCUUUCUCUCCGCGCGCCGGCGACGCUCCAGUAGUUGGUGGCGCGUUUCCCUCCCGGCUGCUGGCGGAGCCGCCGAGUGAAGCGGAGCAAUGCGGCCCCUCGGGGAGCCCGGCUGCCGAGGAGCCGGCGCCCUCCUUCUCCUUCUCCUCCGGCUGCUGCUCCUGUUGUCGUCGGUGCCCGCCGUCACCCGAGGUUUCAGAUGUACCCAGUCUUCCGAAUCUUGCUUGAAUGGAGGAAGGUGUGAAACCUAUCCCAAUGGAACCGGGGUUUGCCGGUGCCCUGGCUCUUAUGUCGGCAGCCGUUGUCAACUGCAGAACCCCUGCCUCAGCUCCCCGUGCAAGAACGCUGGCACCUGCCAGCCCGUUGUCCAUGGCAACACAGCAGACUACACUUGCGCCUGCCGCCUGGGCUUCACCGACAAGCUCUGCCUGACGCCCGAGGAGAACGCCUGCCUCAGCAGCCCCUGCCGCAAUGGAGGGACCUGCGACCUUCUCACGCUGACAGAGUACAAGUGCCGCUGUCCUCCGGGGUGGUCAGGCAAGACUUGCCAGCAGGCGGACCCUUGCGCCUCCAACCCUUGCGCCAACGGCGGCCAGUGUGUGCCCUUCGACUCAACCUACGUCUGCAAGUGCCCCACGGGGUUCCAUGGCGCCACCUGCAAGGAGGACUUGAACGAGUGCAGCCGCAGCCCUCCUGUCUGCAAGAAUGGCGGGACCUGUGUCAAUGAGGUGGGCUCUUACCAGUGCCACUGCCGACAGGCAUAUACAGGCCAGAACUGCGAGCAUCUUUACGUCCCCUGCAACCCCUCGCCUUGCCAGAAUGGGGGCACCUGCCGGCAGACCGGAGACACCACCUACGAAUGCGCCUGCCUCCCAGGCUUUGCUGGCCAGAACUGUGAGGAAAAUCUUGACGAUUGCCCGGGGAACAAUUGCAAGAAUGGAGGAACCUGUGUUGAUGGGGUGAACACCUACAACUGUCAGUGCCUGCCUGAAUGGACAGGCCAGUACUGCACAGAAGACGUGGACGAGUGCCAGCUGAUCCCCAAUGCCUGUCAGAACGGGGGCACGUGCCACAACACCCACGGGGGCUACAACUGUGUCUGUGUCAACGGCUGGACGGGCGAGGACUGCAGUGAGAACAUUGACGACUGCGCCAACGCUGCCUGCUUCACGGGAGCCACCUGCCACGACCGCGUGGCCUCCUUCUACUGCGAAUGCCCGCACGGGCGGACAGGUUUGCUGUGUCACCUCAACGAUGCUUGCAUCAGCAACCCGUGCAAUGAAGGCUCCAACUGUGACACCAACCCCGUCACUGGGAAGGCUAUUUGCACUUGUCCCUCUGGCUACAUGGGACCCGCCUGCAACAAGGACGUGGACGAGUGCUCGUUGGGCGCCAAUCCUUGUGAACAUGCGGGGAAAUGCAUCAACACGGAGGGCUCCUUCCAGUGUCACUGUCAGCAAGGUUACUCCGGCCCUCGCUGCGAGAUCGAUGUGAAUGAGUGCUCCUCAAACCCAUGCCAGAACGAUGCCACCUGUUUAGAUCAGAUCGGGGUCUUCCACUGUAUUUGCAUGCCAGGAUACGAGGGCAUCUACUGUGAAAUCAACACAGACGAGUGUGCCAGCAGCCCUUGCCUGCACAAUGGGAACUGCGUGGACAAGAUAAACGAGUUUGCCUGCGAGUGCCCAAAAGGCUUUAAUGGCCACCUGUGCCAAUAUGAUGUCGACGAAUGCGCCAGCACGCCAUGUAAGAACGGAGCCAAAUGCAUUGAUGGCCCCAACGCCUACACGUGUGAAUGCACCGAAGGCUUUUCUGGCCCCCAUUGCGAGACUGACAUUGAUGAAUGUGACCCAGACCCUUGCCACUACGGCUCCUGUCAGGACGGCAUUGCCACCUUCACCUGCCUCUGCGAGCCUGGCUACGCCGGACACCGCUGCGACAUCAACAUCAAUGAGUGUCAGAGCCAGCCGUGCAAGAACGGCGGCACAUGCCAAGACCGCAACAACGCUUACAACUGCCUGUGCCUCAAAGGGACGACAGGCCCCAAUUGUGAAAUCAACCUGGAUGACUGCGCCAGCAACCCUUGUGACUACGGCAAAUGCAUGGACAAAAUCAACGGCUACGAAUGCACCUGUGAGCCUGGAUAUACAGGGAGAAUGUGUAACAUCAACAUUGACGAGUGCGCUAGCAACCCUUGCCACAACGGGGGCACCUGCAGGGAUGGAAUCAAUGGCUUCAUGUGCAUCUGCCCAGAAGGCUACCACGACACCAUGUGCCUUUCGGAAGUCAACGAGUGCAAUAGCAACCCUUGCAUCCAUGGGAAAUGCAACGAUGGAUUGAACGGCUACAAGUGCGAUUGUGACCCAGGCUGGAGUGGGACAAACUGCGACAUCAACAACGAUGAGUGUGAGUCCAACCCUUGCAUGAACGGCGGCACCUGUAAGGAUAUGACCAGUGGCUACAUCUGCACCUGUCGGGAAGGGUUCAGUGGCCCCAACUGCCAGACCAACAUCAACGAGUGUGCGUCCAACCCUUGCCUCAACCAGGGGACUUGCAUCGACGACGUCGCGCGCUACCAGUGCAAUUGCCUUCUGCCGUAUACAGGGCCAACCUGUCGGGACGUCCUGGCUCCUUGUGCGGGCGGACCCUGCAAGAACGGCGGCAAGUGCAGAGAGUCCGAAGACUACGAGAGCUUCUCGUGUGCAUGUCCUCCAGGCUGGCAAGGGCAAAUGUGCGAGAUUGACAUCAACGAGUGUGUGAAGAGCCCCUGUCGGAAUGGCGCCACAUGCCAAAACACAAACGGAAGCUACCGCUGUAUCUGCAGACCUGGGUUCACUGGUAACACCUGCGACAUGGACCUGAAUGACUGCCAGCCCAAUCCUUGCCACAACGGCGGCUCCUGCACCGAUGGCAUCAACACCUUUUUCUGUGACUGCUUGGCUGGCUUCCGGGGCCCCAAGUGCGAGGAGGACAUUGACGAGUGUGCCAGCAACCCUUGCAAGAAUGGCGCCAACUGUACGGACUGUGUCAACAGCUACACCUGCACUUGCCCCUCUGGCUUCAGCGGGAUCCACUGUGAACACAACACACCUGACUGCACGGAAAGCUCCUGCUUCAAUGGGGGCACCUGUGUGGAUGGCAUCAACACCUUCACCUGUGUGUGCCCCUCUGGCUUCACGGGCAUCUACUGUGAGCACGACAUCAACGAGUGCGACUCCCGGCCCUGCUUGAACGGCGGCACUUGCCAGGACAGCUACGGGACAUACAAGUGCACUUGCCCCCAGGGCUACACCGGCCUCAGUUGCCAGAACUUGGUGCGUUGGUGUGAUUCCUCCCCCUGCAAGAACGGCGGGAGGUGUUGGCAGAAGGGCAACCUGUAUCGCUGCGAAUGCACCAGCGGCUGGACCGGCCUCUACUGCGAUGUCCCCAACGUCUCCUGCGAAGUGGCUGCGCGGCAGCAAGGUGUCGAGGUGGUACACCUGUGCAGGAACUCCGGGCUCUGCGUGGACAGCGGCAACACCCACUCCUGCCAGUGCCAGGCUGGCUACACGGGCAGCUACUGCGAGGAGCAAGUGGACGAGUGUUCCCCAAACCCGUGCCAGAACGGGGCCACGUGCACAGACUACCUUGGGGGCUACUCGUGCGAGUGCGUCGCUGGUUACCAUGGGGCGAACUGCUCGGAGGAGAUUAACGAAUGCCUCUCUCACCCUUGCCAAAACGGAGGGACUUGCAUCGAUCUCAUCAACACCUACAAAUGCUCGUGUCCCAGAGGAACGCAAGGGGUGCACUGCGAAAUCAACGUGGACGACUGCAGCCCGCCCUUUGACACCCACACCUUGGCCCCCAAGUGCUUCAACAACGGGAGGUGCAUGGACAGGGUAGGGGGCUACAGCUGCAUCUGCUUGCUCGGCUUUGUCGGGGAGCGCUGCGAGGGGGACGUCAACGAGUGCCUGUCCAACCCCUGCGACCCACGCGGGACCCAGAACUGCGUGCAGCGGAUUAACGAUUACAUGUGCGAGUGCCGGCCAGGCUACUCUGGGCGUCACUGCGAGAUGGUGGUGGACAGCUGUCGGAACAAGCCUUGCAAGAACGGUGGGACCUGUGCGGUUGCCAGCAACAUGCAGCACGGCUACAUCUGCAGAUGCCCUUUUGGCUUCGAUGGCGCCACGUGUGAAAAUGACUUGCGCAGCUGCGGGACGCUGCGGUGCCUGAAUGGCGGGACGUGCAUCUCCACCCAGAAAAGCUCCGCGUGCGUGUGCAUGCUGGGCUUCACUGGCCCCGAGUGCCAGUUCUCUUCCAGCAGCCCUUGCCACUCCAGCCCCUGCUACAACGGGGGCACCUGCCAGGCCGCCAAGGAGCCGCCCCAGUACCGGUGCGUCUGCCCUGCCAAGUUCAACGGGCUCAAUUGCCACAUCCUGGACUUUGACUUCCUUGGGGGCGUCGGCCGGGACAUCGUCCCACCCCCCUUCGAGGAGAACUGCGAAAUCCCGGGCUGUGCCGCCCAUGCCGGCAACAAGGUCUGCGAUGCACAGUGCAACAAGCACGCCUGUGGGUGGGACGGAGGGGAUUGCUCGCUCAACUUCAAUGACCCCUGGAAGAAUUGCUCGCAGGCCCUGCAGUGCUGGGAGUACUUCAACGACGGCAAGUGCGAUACUCAGUGCAACAACACCGGCUGCCUCUACGAUGGCUUCGACUGCCAGAAGGUGGAAGGGCAGUGCAACCCUCUGUAUGACCAGUACUGCAAGGACCACUUCUCCGACGGCCAUUGUGACCAGGGCUGCAACAAUGCAGAGUGCGAGUGGGACGGCCUCGACUGUGCCAACAACGUGCCCGAGAAGCUUGCGGACGGGACCCUGGUGGUGGUGGUGUUGACCUCCCCGGAGAACCUGAGGAACAACUCCUUCAACUUCCUGCGGGAGCUCAGCCGCGUCCUGCACACCAAUGUGGUCUUCAAGAAGGACGCCAACGGCGAGUACAUGAUCUUCCCCUACUACGGCAACCCGGAGGAGUUGAAGAAGCACCAUGUCAAGCGGUCAGCCGACAGCUGGCCGGAUGUGUCCAGUGUGGUCUUCCGCAUGAAGGCCUCUCUCUACUCGAGGUUCGGCGGGAGGCAGAGGAGAGAGAUGGACCAGGGGGACGACCUCUGCGGAUCGAUCGUUCAUUUGGAGAUUGACAACCGGCAAUGCAUCCAGUCUUCCUCUCAGUGCUUCCAGAGCGCCACAGACGUGGCAGCGUUCCUGGGUGCUUUGGCCUCACGUGGCAGCCUGGACAUCCCUUACAAAAUCAAAGCUGUUAAGAGUGAAAGUACUGACCACGCGAGGAGCACCCCGUGGUAUCCUAUGUACGUGGUCGUGCCCGCUCUCUUCCUCCUCCUCUUCAUUGGCGUCGGCGUGUUGGCAUCUCGCAAGCGGCGGAGAGAACAUGGGCAGCUGUGGUUCCCCGAGGGCUUCAAAGUGACGGAGUCGAGCAAGAAGAAGCGGCGGGAACCUCUAGGGGAGGAUUCCGUGGGGCUGAAACCCUUGAAGAAUGCUUCAAAUGGGACCCUGAUGGACGACAACCAGAAUGAAUGGGGCGAUGAAGAGUCUCUAGACACCAAGAAGUUCAGGGUGGAAGAGCAGGCCAUGUUGCCAGACCUGGAUGACCAGACUGACCACAGGCAGUGGACGCAGCAGCACCUCGAUGCAGCCGACCUGCGCAUCUCUUCCAUGGCGCCCACUCCUCCGCAGGGUGAAAUUGACGCUGACUGCAUGGAUGUCAACGUGCGGGGGCCAGACGGAUUCACCCCGCUGAUGAUCGCCUCGUGCAGUGGAGGGGGACUGGAGACGGGCAACAGCGAGGAGGAGGAGGAAGCCCCGGCUGUGAUCUCGGACUUCAUCUAUCAGGGGGCCAGCCUGCACAAUCAGACAGACCGCACUGGAGAGACGGCGCUGCACCUGGCUGCCCGCUACUCCCGCUCAGACGCCGCCAAGAGGCUGCUGGAGGCCAGUGCCGACGCCAACAUCCAGGACCACAUGGGGAAGACUCCGCUCCACGCUGCUGUGUCGGCCGACGCUCAGGGCGUCUUCCAGAUUCUGAUCAGAAACCGAGCCACCGACCUGGAUGCACGCAUGCACGACGGGACCACGCCGCUGAUCCUGGCUGCCCGUUUGGCGGUGGAAGGCAUGCUGGAGGAUCUCAUCAGCUGCCACGCAGACGUCAAUGCCGUCGAUGACCUAGGGAAAUCCGCGCUGCACUGGGCGGCAGCUGUGAAUAAUAUUGAUGCUGCUGUGGUGCUGCUGAAGAACGGGGCAAACAAAGACAUGCAGAACAACAAGGAAGAGACCCCUUUGUUCUUAGCAGCCAGAGAAGGGAGCUACGAAACGGCCAAAGUCCUCCUGGAUAACUUUGCCAACCGGGACAUCACGGACCACAUGGACCGCCUGCCCCGCGACAUCGCCCAGGAGCGCAUGCACCACGACAUCGUCCGCCUCCUGGACGAGUACAACCUGGUGCGCAGCCCACCCUUGCACAACGGCCCCCUGGGGGGCCCCACACUCUCCCCGCCCCUCUGCUCCCCCAGCAGCUACAUUGGCAACCUGAAGCCCGCCAUGCCGAGCAAGAAGGCCCGCAAGCCGAGCGCCAAGGGGCUGAGCUGCAAUGGGAAGGAGGCCAAGGACCUCAAAGCCCGCCGGAAGAAGUCACAAGAGGGAAAAGGGUGCCUGCUGGAGACCUCCGGCGUCCUCUCCCCGGUCGACUCCUUGGAGUCCCCCCGUGGGUACUUGUCCGACGUGGCGUCCCCUCCCCUAAUGACCUCCCCCUUCCAGCCGUCGCCCUCCAUGCCCCUCAACCACCUGCCAGGCAUGCCCGAUGCCCACCUGAGCAUGAACCACCUCAACCUAGUUGGCAAGCAAGACCUGGUCAUGGGCACCAGCCGGAUGCAGCCUUUUGACGCAGGUCCCCCGCGCCUCUCCCACCUACCUGUCUCCACCUCCAGCACCGCCAUGGGCGGGGGAGCACCUUUGAAUUUCGCCGUGGGCGGGGGGCCGGGAAUGAACGGACAAUGCGACUGGCUGACCAGGUUGCAGAGUGGCGGAAUGGUGCCUGCCCAGUACAACCCCAUGAGGAACGGCCUCCAGCAGGGGGCGCUCCCGCAGAGCCAGGCCUUGCCGCACGGGCUGCUGCCCCCUUUGCACAACGGCCUGCCCACCACCGCCUUGUCCCAGAUGAUGAGCUACCAGGCCAUACCGAGCAACCGCCUGCCAGGCAACUCCCAGCCGCACCUCUUGCAGGCCCAGCAGCUGCAGCAGAUCCAGCAGCAGCAGCAGCAGCAAAGCAUGCCGCAGCAACCACAGCCCCACGCCACCACAAACUUCCUGGGGAGUGAGCUGAGUCAGCCUGACCUGCAGCAGGUGAACGGCGGUGCUUUGGCGGUCCAUGCCAUCCUGCCUCAAGACACCCAGGUCCUCGCCACCUCCCUGCCCUCUGCCCUCACCCAGCCACUGACGACCACCCAGUUCCUCACGCCUCCCUCCCAGCACAGCUACUCCUCCCAGAUGGACAACACGCCCAGCCACCAGCUGCAGGUGCCCGACCACCCCUUCCUGACGCCUUCUCCGGAGUCUCCGGACCAAUGGUCAAGCUCCUCUCCUCACUCCAACCACUCAGAUUGGUCGGAAGGCAUCUCUAGCCCGCCCACCAGCUUGCAGUCACAAAUGGGACACAUCCCAGAGGCCUUCAAGUAGAUGAGAAAUCCUCUCGCAACGGCGACCCGGAGUUUGCUUUUGCGCAAAGACGCUUUGGGGUUGGACUGGAGUGAUCUUUUUUUUUUUAAUAUAAGAAAAGUAUUUUUACAUACGCAAUAAGUAAGAUUCGAUGUUUUGUUUUCCUUUUUUAAAGUAUUUAUUUACAUACUUUUUUUUACAUGAAAACACUGCCUUUUUUAAUUUAUACGUUCUGUUAAGAACGCUGUAGGAUGCAUUUGCUGUGCCUCCCAAAAACUUAAAAUCUAUGAAUAGGGCUUGAUUGCUCAUUCUCUCUUUUCAUUUUCUUUUGUAGGAAAUCCUCUUUUUUUAAAAAAAAUGUAUCAUGAUGUUUUUGUGUAGAGAGGUUUUCACCUGUAAAAGCUAUAAACAAAGAUCCAUGAUUAUAAAAUGACAUUUAUUUAUUAAACAGGAUUUUUUCCCUGUUUGUUUUUUAAAAAUCUGGGGGAAAAUUGGGAGGGGGGGCACAUUUUUUGUACAAAAAAUACCUGUUUGAGGGGAAAUGAUAAUUUAAAUAUAAGUUGAUGGUGUGUUUGUACUUUUUUUAAAAAGUGCUUUAAAAUAUUCCCUUUUAUGAUGGUGGACAGAGUGGGGAACAUUUUAGGGCACCAGCCAUGAAUCUUUGUUUAAAAGUUUCAGUAUUAUAUAGUUUCUGCCGCUUGUCCUUCUGCAUGAUAGCAAGUCUCUUUUUAUUUAUUUGAAAUACUGCCUAUGAUCACAAAUCAGGAUCACGGGUUCUGAGCUUCAGAUAAAAACUGAAAUGCUUCCUCCCAGCCCCCCCCCCCCAAGGGCCAUGCCUGUCCUGUUGCCAAGGCAGAACUCCAGAAAAGCUUGCAAAGGCUUUGGCACAGAGGAAGGUGGUUUCACCUCCAAUAUCUUUCCAAUAAUGCUAUUUUAAAACACCAAUGACCUUGGGUGUGCGUGUGUUGUUUUUUGUACAACUAGAAUACUAACGAAAUGUCAAUCACUCUGAUAGGCAGGAGAUGAGUGUGUUUCUGUGGGAAACUGUAAGGCCUAUAGAUGAGGGUUACCCUGGGGAGGGGGAGUUAGUGUGUGCAGUGUGGAGAGGGGCUUUGCCCCCUUGGGACCCCCUCUUAGCACAAGCUGGGAUGUCACGCUUGCGGCAUUAGGGUCCCCAAAAUCACACUCCUGCAUUUUCCCAUAGGUGACAGGAAUCCAUUCACUUCUGUGGAGGAGUCAAGGGGCGCCGCCCUCAGGGGCAAGGCUUGGGCGGCAGCUUCAACCCACUUGCUGCCCUUGUUGCUUGCAGUUCCUGCACCCCCCAACUGAGAAUCCCGCCUGCUCUUCUCUGAGUAGCCCUCCCGGUCCCUUCAUCUGCAGAGCCCCACACGGAGCGCUGCAUUCUCGGCCCACAUGAACAUUGGGAACCAGAGCACGCACUCGGUGCAAACUUAAAGCCCUCUUGCUGGCUCCCAGGGCCAGGGGGUCCAGCCCCAUCUUUGUUGCUGGCCCCAAGUGGUGCUUCUUCCGAGGAGCAGGAAGUUGUUUUAAACACUGCGAUGGGCCGCAAGCAGAGCGCAGCAAGUGUCCUUGUUAAGCGACACUGGAGAACGUCAGAAGGGCCUGCAGCUGGUCAGGCCAGCGUCCUCUUCUCACAGAGGCCCUUGGCAAGCACAAGAGCUCUCUCCCUGCCGGCGCUUUCUGGCACCUGGCGUUUGGAAGCAGGCUGCUCUGAGCUUUAACUGGGCUGGCCCAUUUGGGCCAAGAACUCUUGGGUCUCUGGGAUGCGGAGGGCCAUGCAAAGGUGGCAUAAGGGACAAACCAGGCUAGGUGGCACUUGGCUGUGAACUGGCAAAAAACAUUGCCAUGCACUGACUUGUUUGGGAAAUGCCAGCGCCUUCUAGUCAUAGAUAACACACCCACCCAGGUUUGCCUAACUUCCAAGGUGCAACCCUUCUGGGUGUCACAGCUGGAUUUGGGUAGGACAUCCCCAGAUGGUCAUCACAAGACACCACCAGAAAGGAAGGAGUCUAUGUUGUUGUUCUGGUGGUUGUUUUUAAAACAUCAAAAAAAGAUCUUGCUAGUCUUCAAGAAUGGCAUAUCGUGUUUACUAUGGAUAUGUGCUCUUUUGGAGCUGAGGGGCAUGGGACAGGGGUAUGGAAUCAACAUUGUAAUAAUAAAAAAAUUAUAUAUAUAUAUAUAUAGUAUAAGCCUAUGGCAAAGCUGAUGUUGUGUAAAUAAGGGUUUUUUUAAUUAAAAAAGAGAUAAGGGUGGAUUUUGUUUAAAAAAUCUAAACGAUGUAAGUCAAAAGGAAGCUGGUUAGAGGUGUGGAAACACUGCUCAAGAGAGGGAAGGGCGGGCCCAAUCCAUGAAAGAGUUCUUGUGCACACGGACAAAAGCACCACUGCAACGCGUGAGGUUUGUGCCACCCACCACAGUGCUCUUGGGGAGCUGGUUCAUUUUCCUGGGACUUGUAUGGGAGGAUAUAUCCCAGUGGAUUACCCAUAAGGCUUCCGUAUUUUGCUUGGCAUCUGUGCCAUUCCCUCUGCAGGGAAAUCAGUGUCUGUGUGUUGGCUGCGCAUCCCUGUGUGGUGUACUAGUUUCACAUGGCCAGCUAAUGAGAGGGGCGGCAUCCCAGUUCUUUAUGGUGCUAGAACAGUGCUCUGCCGAGUUGGAACUCACCCCAACACCCCCAGGGCCCCUCUUGGGGGGGUCCUCUUGAGCACCUACACCUCUUAGGAAGCAUAGCGACAUUGGGGCAACCCUAAAGGAAAGUGAUUUUUAAAAACAUCCUCUGGUGUUAAAUCUUUUACAUUUUAUAAACUAGAGUGUAGUUUUUAAGUCUGGGGAGGGGGGGAAGGAUGUGGGAGAUUUUUAAAAAAACACAACCUUCAGUAAUAAAAUGUUCAAGCAAAGUUGUAGCUUGCAAAAAUGAUGUAUUUUUUUGGUUAACUGAUUUGCAAUAAACUGU